UGUGAUGGCGGGUGCGCUUUGCAGCCCGGCAGUGGCCGGCGGAGGCGAGAGCAGUGAGAGCGAGGAUGACGGCUGGGAGAUUGGGUAUCUCGACCGGCCUUCUCAGAAAUUGAAAGGGCCAUUACCUGUUGAAGAAAAGAAUGAAGCAUUUAAGAAAGCAUUGUCCACCGGAGAUGUUGCAUUGGUCCAGGAACUCCUGAAUUCUGGUGUUAGUGUAAAUUCCAGCUUUCGGUAUGGUUGGUCUCCCCUUAUGUAUGCUGCUAGCGUUGCCAAUGCGGACCUGGUUCGGGUCCUUUUGGACAAAGGUGCUAAUGCAAGCUUUAAUAAAGAUAAGCAAACUAUUUUGAUAACUGCAUGUUCUGCUCGUGGCUCUGAGGAACAAGUUUUGAAGUGUGUAGAGCUGCUACUUUCAAGAAAUGCUGAUCCAAAUGUUGCUUGUAGUAGACUGAUGACUCCAGUCAUGUAUGCUGCCCGAGAUGGUCGCCCUCAGGUUGUUGCUCUCCUUGUUGCUCAUGGAGCAGAAGUUAAUACACAGGAUGAGAAUGGUUAUACUGCUUUAACAUGGGCAGCACGUCAGGGUCAUAAAAAUGUAGUUCUGAAGUUACUUGAACUUGGAGCUAAUAAAAUACUACAAACCAAAGAUGGGAAGACACCAAGUGAAAUUGCAAAAAGAAAUAAACAUCAUGAGAUCUUCACCUUACUUUCUCUGACUUUAACUCCAUUGGAAGGAAAGCUUCAACAGCUAACCAAAGAAAAGACUAUUUGUAAACUAUUGGCUACAGAUUCUGAUAAAGAAAAGGAUCACAUAUUUAGUUCAUGUACAGCACUUGGAGAUCUGGAAAUAUUUUUACAUGGUCUUGGACUUGAACAUUUGACAGAUUUAUUAAAGGAAAGGGGUAUAACUUUAAGACACCUUUUGACAAUGAGGAAAGAUGAGUUUAUAAAGAAUGGAAUUACUCAUAAAGAUCAACAGAAAAUUCUGGCUGCUGUUAAAGAACUAGAGGUAGAAGAGAUAAAAUUUGGAGAGUUACCUGAAGUGGCAAAGUUGGAAAUUAGUGGUGAUGAGUUCCUCAACUUUCUUCUAAAGUUAAACAAACAAUGUGGCCAUUUAAUAACUGCUGUACAAAACAUCAUUACUGAGUUACCUGUAAAUUCUCACAAGAUAGUACUGGAGUGGGCUUCUCCCCAGAAUUUUACCUCAGUUUGUGAAGAACUGGUUAGUAAUGUUGAAGAUUUGAAUGAAGAGGUUUGCAAACUAAAGGACUUAAUUCAGAAGUUGCAAAAUGAACGGGAAAAUGAUCCAACUCAUAUACCAUUAAUGGAAGAAGUGUCCACUUGGAACAGUAGAAUUUUGAAGCGGACAGCUAUCACAGUAUGCGGUUUGGGGUUUCUUCUUUUCAUUUGCAAGCUAACUUUUCAGAGAAAAUAACCCUAAUAUUUGUUUUAAAUUAUGUAUGUAUAUCUUAUUUAGACUACCCAAUGGCAUUGCUUUUAACCAUUUGUGGUAAAUAUCACUCUAUAAAUGUGCACAAUAUAAGUUUACAUUCUAUGCCAAUAUUCCAUAGGAAAAAUUAUGACAAUAGUUUUUUAGAAAGUGACUUAUCUGUUUGAGUUUCUUAAUACAAUGUAUUAUGUUUUUAUGUUAAUUUUGAUCAAGCUCAAUUUCUUUAAUUUGAUUGUAUGCCUCUAAAUCACAUUCAAAAUAAAAGUUUUAUCUAAUAUUCUUUGACCUUUAAAAAAGUGUGCUCACUUUUCAUAAUGACUCAUAGAAUUUGUAAAGUGUUCAUAAAUUAAUAGCUUUCUUUUUGUUAUUUUU